AUGCGAAGGGUGCUCAUCCCCUUACUCCUCACCACCGCCCUAUGCUGGGCACAGGACGCGUCGGAGGCCUGCACAAAAGCUCUAACGGAUUGUGAGAACGAUCUAGAGUGUCAGAAUCGGUUGGCUCCGUUGAUGGCCGCGUGCUCUACCGGCACGUGUCAGCCACAAUGUCGAUCCGCCGUGCUCAAUGUCUACCAAAACAAGCUGGGCCGCAUCUUGCUCCGCUCCGACGCCACGUGUAUUCCGGGACGUGACGAGCUUCGCACCUGUAACUUCCUUCCAGCCGAGCCCACCGUUCAUUGUAGUCUUGGAAAGCUGGCAUGCGAAGGGGAUCUUCAGUGUAACUCGAAGUUUGGCGUUUUCAUGUCAGAGUGUGAAGCCGAUGCGGCAAGAGGUGCAUGCAGCGAAAAAUGCAAGACCCUUCUCAACCAGACCAUUGAGACCUCCGUCGGAAGUAUCUUCUCGAAUUGUACUUGUACUGCUAGAGACGACCAGUUGUGCACAAAUUUGAAGGAUAACUUGUUGGGAGUCUGUUUGAAGAACACCCCCGGCGGCGUCACCCUCUCCCCAUCGGACAACUCGAUCACGGAUGCUCCUGGAGGAAACGACUUGGCCGAUUCCUCAGUCAGCCACCCCACAUCUAUCAUCACCGCCAUCGCAGUCUACUUGCUCACUGUGCUCUUUUUCUGA